CAUGGCCUAUAAACCAUCCUUCUGCACUGAACCACAUAAAAAGAUUGAUGAUGAAGAAUAUGGUUUUUCUCCUUCUUCUUUCAGUUGUAACACUUCAAGUAGCUGAUGCUCAAACAUGCAAGCCUAGUGGCAAGAUUAAGGGCAAGAAGCCUCCACCAGGACUGUGCAAAAUAGGAUAUGGGUCAGACUGUUGUGUCCAAGGGAAGCUAUACACGACAUACACAUGCUCACCUCCGGUGUCCAGCCACACAAAGGCGACCUUAACAAUCAAUAGUUUUGAGAAGGGUGGUGAUGGAGGCGGUCCAUCGGAGUGUGAUGGGAAGUACCACUCUGACAAUACUCCAGUGGUGGCACUGUCAACAGGGUGGUUCAAUCACCAGAAGAGAUGCAUGAAUUUUAUCAAUGUACAUGGUAAUGGAAAAAGUGUGAGAGCAAUGGUGGUGGAUGAGUGUGAUUCGACAAGGGGGUGUGACAAUGAUCAUGACUAUCAGCCACCUUGCCCUCAUAACAUCGUGGACGCCUCCAAAGCUGUCUGGAAGGCCUUGGGAGUGCCCGAAAAAGAUUGGGGAGAAAUGCAGAUUACAUGGUCUGAUACAUGCAAGCCUAGUGGCAAGAUUAAGGGCAGAAAACCGCCUCCAGGGCAAUGCAACACAGAAAAUGAGUCUGACUGUUGUGUGAAAGGCAAGUUGUACACAACAUACACGUGUUCACCUCCGGUGUCUGGCCAGACCAAGGCGACCUUGACAAUCAAUAGUUUUGAGAAAGGCGGUGAUGGUGGAGGUCCAUCGGAGUGUGAUGGUAAUUACCACUCUGAUGAUACUCCGGUGGUGGCUCUGUCAACAGGGUGGUUUAAUAACAAGAAAAGAUGCAUGAAGUUCAUCAAUGUACAUGCUAAUGGGAAGAGUGUGAAAGCCAUGGUGGUUGAUGAGUGUGAUUCAACAAUGGGGUGUGACAGUGUUCAUGACUAUCAGCCACCUUGUCCUAACAACAUUGUGGAUGCCUCCAAAGCUGUGUGGAAAGCCUUGGGAGUCCCUGAAAGGGACUGGGGAGAAUUGGACAUCAAAUGGUCUGAUGCAUAAUUAACUGGUCAAUCAACAAGUAACCAAGUUAAAAUACAAAAAUAAAACUUAUGGUAUAUGUUCAUGUUUGGCCGGGUGCAUCAAUAUGGCAAAUAAGACUAGUAUCUUCUGCUUUACUGUUAAUUUGUAAUGAAGAUACACAAAGGUGGCAGAUGUGUCUUUGAUAAUUGCCUGGUUAUAGUUUGUAAUGACGGAACGGAAUCUGUCAAUUAUCUUUUGCUGAUACAAAAUUAAUCUGGCUUUA